CCCAAUACUUUCUGUAAACAUCUCGUAUAAUGUUCUUCUCGUUUUUCAAAUUUCUUUUGGUUUACUUGCGUUCUCUAGUUGGCAAUAUCCGAAACGUUUUCAAUUUUAAAUGUGCGCCUUGUACAAAACGUGAUUGGUACAAACCGAUCAAUCGGACGCAUGGAAAUUGAGAUUACGAUUCAAAACGUUUCUUAUAAUAAUCAUUUAUAAUUCACUAAGAGUUACUAGCCAAUAACUGAACAACUAUUUUCUGUCUACAUUAAUCGUUUCAUUCAAUUGUUGUGUUAUUGUACUAAUUAGAAAAAGCAGGCGAAUCUACUCGAAUUUUAUUUGUAAGAGAGAACUAGGGAGUAACAGUAUCAAGAGAGCUGUAAACAAUUGUACCUGCCGCAGAAGCUUCUGAAAGAUCGGUCUAUCGAAUAAAAAUUACAAAAGAGAAAUUAAAGGAGAGAACACCUUCAAAAGAAAAAAUCUCGCCAAUUUUUGAGAAACCAGGAAAUUCUAAAUAAGAAUUAGUGUCAAUAAUAAGUCAAAUAGAUGGUUAACGGCCGUGCCAUUUCAACCGACACGUGCUUACUGUAUAUACUGUAAGAAAAAUCUUCAUGCGCAUCGACUUUCUUUGUUAAAACAUACGUGCACGAUGAAACAUCAACGUGCAGCUUUGCUACACGAAGCGGAAGAGAAGAGAAAAGCUAUUCGGAAAAGAAACAUAGAGGAGAAGGUCGAAGUGGAAGAGGUUGAGGAAAUGGAGGCUACAGAACAUACUCAAACUGAAGUGGAAGAAAAUGAAGAUGAAGUGGAAUAUGUCGUCGAGAGAUUAGAAACAGAUGAUGAACUGGAUGAAACUCAAAUCAAAGAUCCAAGUGAGGAUGUUACUGGUGAGGUUGAAGACGAAGAGGAAGAAGAGGAAGAUGAUGUAGGACACAUGCAAAUGCCUUCUGAUGAUGAUGACGUUAAGGAUUCGAUAAAAAACAUUAAGAUGGAAAGAGUGGGAAAUUGUGACGAUUCUUUAACCGAGGCAAUAGAUCACAUAGAGAGUGAAUACCUGGAAGAAACGGACCAUGAAACUGUACAAAUGGAAAUAGUUGUAGAGUCAGAAGAUCAAAGUAAUCCAGAAAUGCAAGUUGUAUCGAUACUUCCCGAUAUAGAAGAUUCUAAUAAAGAUUCGCCGAGAGAGUCACGCGAGAAUGGAAGAGCGAUUCGGCGGGGUGACAGUAAAUUAGACAGAAAAUCUGCAAAAUUAUUGCAAGACGAGUGCAAACAGCAAGGAGAUUCGGGAAUAAUGGUGGCAUGUCCAUUACCUAUUUACAAUACAACUUAUCAAAUUAAUUCUUCUGUUGCACCUACUACCACUAAUGCUAUCGGUGUGCUUCAGCCAGUGAAUACAAUUCCCAUUUCACCUAGUAAAACGAUUACUUUGACGUCGGGUGGUAAAACUCUCACUUUAACAGGUGGUACAUUCCAACCUGGUACUCAAUACGUACUAAGUAAAAUAAAGGGUCAGUUUCCAUCGAUGGUAAUGGGUGAUAAGAAAACUGCAGUUACUAACCAAGCGGAGGACGCCACGAAAGGCAUUCAAAUGGACAAAGAUCAGAUUGCUGUAGCAAGUACUAGUUAUCAAAGUCCGAAGAAACAUGUACUUUUAAAAACUGUUCAGAAUCACCCGGUUAAGAAACCUCGUAUUUCUACUCACGUUGUGGACACCAGCAAAGGUUUACCAAUUGGAGGUUUGCAAGUUAGCCUUUAUAAAUUAAUGGACGGAAGAUGGACGUUUUUAAAUGAAAGUAAUACGAGCCCGAACGGUCGAUGUGUAGAUUUGGUGGAUAAUACGAAAGUUAAUUUCACAGCUGGACGUUACAAGAUACAUUUCGAUGUUGACAAGUAUUUCACGUUAAGAAGGAUAGAAACAAUGUAUCCAUUUAUCGAGAUCGUUUUUGAUGUGAAAAACCCGACCGGCCAUUAUCACAUACCAGUGCUUCUAAGCCCGUUUGGUUAUUCCACCUAUCGUGGUUCCGAAAGAUGAACGUCAAUAAAAUCAGUGUGUUUAUUUCGUUUUUUUGUAAGGCAAAUUUAAAUAAAUAUUUUUUACGACUCGA